AUGUCUGAAAGCCGUGAAGAUUCCGUAUACCUAGCCAAAUUGGCCGAACAAGCUGAACGUUAUGAAGAAAUGGUUGAAAACAUGAAGAACGUCGCUUCUUCAGGUCAAGAUCUUUCUGUCGAAGAACGUAACCUAUUGUCUGUCGCUUACAAGAACGUCAUUGGUGCUAGACGUGCCUCUUGGAGAAUCGUUUCUUCCAUUGAACAAAAAGAAGAAACUAAAGAAAAAUCAGAACAUCAAGUAACAUUGAUUAGAAAAUACCGUUCUAAAAUUGAAGAUGAAUUGACUAAAAUCUCUGAUGACAUUUUGUCCGUCUUAGAUGCCCAUUUGAUUCCAUCUGCUACUACUGGUGAAUCUAAGGUCUUCUACUAUAAGAUGAAAGGUGAUUAUCACCGUUAUUUGGCUGAAUUCUCUAGUGGUGAAGCAAGAGAUCAAGCUACUAAUGCUUCUUUAGAAGCUUACAAGACUGCUUCUGAAAUCGCCACCACUGAGUUGCCUCCAACUCAUCCUAUCCGUUUAGGUCUAGCUUUGAAUUUCUCCGUGUUUUAUUACGAAAUUCAAAACUCUCCUGAUAAAGCUUGUCAUUUGGCUAAACAAGCCUUUGAUGAUGCUAUUGCUGAAUUGGAUACUUUAUCCGAAGAAUCUUACAAAGAUAGUACUUUGAUAAUGCAAUUGUUAAGAGAUAACUUGACUUUAUGGACUUCUGAUAUGUCUGAAGAUAACCAAGAAGAUCAAGCUCCAAAGAAUGAUGAUGCUAAUGAUGCUGAAAACAAAUAG